UUAUAAAAAAGUUGUACUAUGGUAUUUGAACUUUUAAAAGUAAAAAAGUAUUUGAUUUCUCUUUUCCUUACCGAGGAGGAAAAAAUGAGGAGGAAAAAAUGAAGAUACAAACCACAUAUCUUUUCGACUUCCAACACUCAACCGUUCGAUUCCCUCCUUGCAGUGUUUCUUCAUCUUCUUUUUGGAAUAAAUGUAUCUCUCUCUGUGUAAAAAGAUCUAAUAAAUAUAUUUGCAUAGAAUUGGAAGAAACUGAGAAGUCUUGUGAUUGCAGUGAGAGUUAAAAAAAAAAUGCAGCGACUGUGGGAAGUGAAGGAAAAGAAGGAGAAGAAGGAGAGAAUCAUCAAAGGAAGAGAUCUAGUGGAUGUUGUCUUCUCAUGGUCUGUUCGUGAUGUCCUCAACUCAAAGCUUUACAAAGGAAAGGUUGAUAAGAUCCCUAACACAUUCCAGUCAAGCAAAGAGUAUUUUAAGUCAUUUGUUAAUCCGAUCAUCGAAGAGACACAUGCUGCUUUGUUGUCAAGUAUGGAAACUCUUAGAAGAGCACCAGCUUUCAAAGUUUGGGAAAUCAAGCCAGCCAAAGAUUUUAAACCUCCCAAGAAUCUUUAUUACGAGGUUACUUUGCAGACAGUGUCUGAUAAUACGACCAAGGGAGAUGGGAAACUGUUGGAGUUCAACGAUCUCAUUGCAGUGACUGAUAACAAGCCUUGUAGAAUCGAUGACUUGAGAUGUUCCAAUGAGCCUUACUUGCUUGCUCUUGUUUGUGGAGUGAACGAAGAUAACCCACAUUUGAUUACUAUUUUGGCUUCGAAACCCAUCGUUUUCGAGGAAGGUCACAUGGAAACAAGAAAGAAAGGCAAGGGUGUGAAGAAAAGCCUAAGCCUCUUUUGUGUUUAUUUGACCAACAUGAUGACCAAUAUUCGUAUUUGGACCGCCUUGCAUCCAGAUCCUGAAGGUGGAAACUUAAAGCUUAUAUCUAAAGUACUUAAAAGCCACAAUGAGGUUGGUGGUGAAAGUUGUGUUUCUUGCCAAGAAAACAGUGAGAAUAUUAUGCCAAAUCACAUAGAGAAAAGGCUGCGUUCUUUCAAACUGAAUACAUCUCAGGAGGAAGCGAUUUUGCGUUGUCUAGAAGCCAAAAACUGCCGCCACUCCAACAAUAUCAAACUUAUAUGGGGACCACCAGGGACCGGGAAGACGAAAACAACAAGCGUUCUGCUUUUAAACCUCUUUAAAAUGAGAUGCAGGACACUGACUUGCGCUCCAACUAACAUAGCUGUUCUGGAAGUUGCUUCAAGGGUUGUGAAACUAGUCUCCGAGUCAUUGAGGCUUGGUGGAUACGGUCUUGGAGAUAUUGUCUUGUUUGGCAACAAAGAAAGGAUGAAGAUCGAUGAUCGGGAGGACCUUUUCGAUGUUUUCCUCGAUUACCGAGUUGAUGAGCUCUAUGACUGCUUUCAGGCUUUAACUGGAUGGAGAGCAAAUGUUCAACGCAUGAUCUCUUUGCUCACUGAUCCAAAAGAAGUGUAUCGCCAAUCCUUCAUCGAGAAUGACAAGCGUCGUCCUUCGUUUAAAAAGUUCGUAGAAAAGAGGUUUAGUAAACUGAGGACGGACUUGCGUUCUCAGUUCUCAACUUUGUGUCUGCAUCUACCAACUGCUUCGCUCUCCUUUCAAGUCGCGGAGAAAAUGAAUGCCACUAAUGGUCUACUUAGAGCUAUGAAAGUUUCAGAUGUCGUUAGAGUUUCCGGGAAAGAAGAUACAAGAAAGCAAGAUUGUGUGGAGAUGUUAGGAUCGAUUUGCGAAAGCAUCGAACUUCCUGAUUUCAUAGGGAAGUUCGGACUUCAAAGACUCUGCUUAGAAAACGCGUAUCUGAUGUUCUGCACAGCGUCGAGCUCUGCCAAGCUACACAUGAGCUGUCCGAUACAACUCCUCGUAAUCGACGAAGCUGCUCAGUUAAAAGAAUGCGAGUCUGCGAUUCCUUUGCAGCUUCCAGGGCUUCGACACGCUGUUCUAAUCGGCGACGAGAAGCAGUUACCUGCGAUGAUACAAAGCAAGAUUGCUUCGGAGGCUGAUCUUGGGAGGAGCUUGUUUGAGAGAUUGGUGUUGUUGGGUCACAAGAAGCAGUUGCUGAACAUGCAGUACCGGAUGCAUCCUUCUAUUAGUAUUUUCCCGAACCGAGAGUUUUAUGGUAUGAAGAUUUUGGAUGCUCCUUCUGUCAGGGUGAGAAGUUAUGAGAAACAGUUUCUCCCUGGGAAAAUGUAUGGGCCUUACUCUUUCAUCAACGUGCCCUAUGGAAGAGAGCAGUUUGGACAAGGGUUCAGUUCGAAAAACAUCCUUGAGGUCUCUCUUGUGGACGAGAUUUUGUCAAAGCUGUACUCAGUAUCAAGAAAGUCGGGAAGAUCGAUAAGUGUUGGUGUGAUUUCACCUUACAAGGCUCAAGUGUUUGCAAUUCAAGAAAAGAUAGGCAAAAAGUAUGAUACCAGUGAGAAAUUCACAGUGAGUGUUAGGUCUGUAGAUGGGUUUCAAGGUGGUGAAGAAGAUAUUAUAAUAGUCUCAACCGUUAGGUCUAACGGUAAAGGAGCCAUUGGUUUUUUAUCUAACCAACAAAGAACCAACGUAGCACUCACACGUGCGAGAUUCUGCUUAUGGAUUCUUGGAAACGAGUCGACUUUGACCAACAAUAAAUCAGUAUGGAGUCGGUUAGUAGAUGAUGCUAAGGCACGACACUGUUUUCAUGACGCAUAUGAUGAUGAAUCAUUAGCUCGGUGUAUUAAAAGAUCAGCAACAGCCCUUGAUGAUCUUGAUAAGCUUCAGAACAAUAAGCCUCUUUCCUUUGAGAAUUCGAUAUGGAAGGUCAAGUCUGGCUUAAAGAAUGACAUUAUAAGCCAUGUAUCAAGAUCGUUUGCGUUGCUGAGUGUUGUGGAUGAAACCGAGGCACCGAACCAAUCAAGCAAGACUUCUUUGAUGAAUCUUUUCGAAACAAUCGAAGCUGAAGAAUGUGUGGAAGAUUAG